CCUAUGUGAGGAUCGACUUGCAUAAGACUACACUUCCUAAUUCAAAUCGACAUCUGAGGAACAAUCUGGUGAUCAACAAUUUUAUGAAUAUGCAAUACACGGGAAUUAUUAAAAUAGGGGAAUAGGAUCUUGAAUUGCUAUUUGAUACAGGUUCUUCUAUUUUUUGGGUAUUCUCAAAUACGUGUCCAACACAAUCAAAGAAAACAUCUUUUGAUUGCUAAUCAAGUCCUAAUUGUUUAAUGACAAAAGAAUUAUAUAAGGUGGAAUAUGGUCAAGGGGAAAUAGGAGGAAACAAAGCUUUUGACUAGUUGCAAGUCUCCAAUUUCACAGUUUCUAAUUUUCAAUUUUUGAUUGUGAAUUCAUAAACUAAUUUGGAGAAUUUGAGAGCUGAUGGUAUUUGUGGAUUGGGUUUACAAGAUUAAUAUGGAUUCAAUUCGUUAAUCAACAUCCUGUAUGAUCAACAUUAGAUAGAUAAGCGCAUUUUUGCAUUCUUCUUGAAUUCGAUACCUGAACACAUCAAUAAUGCAAGUGUGUUAUUCAUAGGUGGGUAUGAUACUCAUUACAUGAGUUCUGAAGUAAAGUAUGUUAAAUUGGAUAAAACAGAUUCAUGGUCAGUUAAACUAAACAAUGUAUAAUUGAAUAAAAAAGUCCUGAUUAAGGAUGUAUCAGCAUUGAUAGAUACUGGAACUUCUCUGAUAGUUGUACCUACUCAUCAAUUUACUUCAAUAUUAUCAAUUUUAAGAGAUGAUUAUAAAUAGUUUUGUCAGUAUUCCUAAUACUAAAUAAAAUGUUCAUGUCCUGAUGGGGAUUUUUCACACUUUCCUGAAUUUGAAUUAAAUUUUGAAGGUGAUUUGAGUUUGCAAUUGCACCCUAGUGACUACAUAUAAAUUGAUGUAUCAGUGUGUGUGUUGUCUUUUACGAAGAGUUCAAAUAGUUAUUGGAUUCUGGGGGAUACAUUCAUAAGAAAGCAUGUAACAGUUUUUGACAUUGACAAUAAGUAAAUUGGAUUUGCUAAAUUGGCUGCUUUUGAGAAAUAAAGUAAAUAAAUUUAGAUAAACGAUUAUUUGUAUAUAUUUAAAGUGGUGUGUGCAUGUAUUUGCAUAGCUAUAGCAUCAAUUUGGAUAAUUAGGUAGGUGAGUUGUUUGGGGGAGGCAAGUCAUGAAAUGAAUAAAUGA